AUGGCAUCAUUGGCCAACCUCUUAGUAUCGCUUCUACUGAUUGCCACCUUCUCUCCUGCACCCAUACAUGGUGCCAACAAUAAGUCUAUCCAGCACACCUACAUUGUGCUCGUCGAGCCACCUCCCACACCCUUGAAUGCCGAUGAAGACAUGUACCGUCAUUGGUAUGAGUCUUUCUUGCCCAAAUCACGCGACGGCGACUCAGGCAAGUCACCUAUUGUGCACUCCUACACCGAGGUGUUUAGCGGCUUCGCCGCAAGGCUCACUGCCCGGGAGCUCAACGCAGUUGCGAAGAAUCCGGGGUUCGUGCGUGCGUUUAGGGACCAAACACGGCACCUCAUGACCACACACACUCCAAAGUUCCUUGGGCUCAGGAACGGCACCGGGAUCUGGAGCGACGCUAGCUACGGGAAGGGAGUCAUCAUUGGGUUGCUCGAUAGCGGCAUCUACGCGGACCACCCUUCAUUUGAUGGUGACAACAUCGCGCCGCCCCCGACAAGGUGGAAGGGAUCAUGCAUGGCGACCCGGUGCAACAACAAGCUCAUCGGUGCACAGUCAUUCCUCGAAGAAGAUGAUGACCCUAGCGACCAACAGGGGCAUGGGACGCACACCUCAUCCACGGCAGCCGGUAACUUCGUCAUCGACGCGUCGUAUCAUGGUAUUGGAGCGGGCACCGCAUCAGGAGUUGCUCCUGGUGCCCACAUCGCCAUGUACAAGGUGUGCGCUGAUGGAGAAUGUAAUGAUUCCGCCAUAGUGGCCGGCCUCGACGCAGCCAUCAAGGAUGGGGUGGACGUGCUCUCACUCUCCAUUGGCCAUCUUGGCAGCCUCAGGUUCGAUAAAGACCCCAUCGCCAUCAGCACAUUCAGUGCCAUAUCAAAGGGCAUCGUCGUGGUUUCCGCGGGUGGUAACGAAGGACCCGAUCCAUACUCAGUAAACAAUGAUGCACCAUGGAUCCUCACAGUCGGUGCUAGCUCGGUGGAUCGGAGCUUCGACAUCGGCGUGAAUCUCAGCAAUGGCAAGUGCAUCCAUGGAGAAGGGCUUAGCCAGGUGGCAAAGCCGAGGUCAAAGAUGUACCCGCUCCUCUACUCCGAAGAACGAGGCAAGUUUGACUACAUGGAUAACCAUGUCGUCAGUGAGAAGAUCGUGGUCUGUGAAACGGAUACUACCCGGGAGAACAUCGACAACAUAAUGAGUGCCGGUGCGGCCGGCGUAGUGCUAUUGAACGGUGAAUCCAACGGAUACACGAUUGAGCUUGAGGAUUACAAUUCCAGUGUGGUGCAGGUGAGCACGAACGAUGGCGCCAUCCUCAGAGCUUACGCGACAUCGACGACAAACAGCUCGGCGGGUGCCAUUUUCUCGUACCACAACACACUGCUUGGCGUCCAUCCGGCCCCUGUGGUGGCAUCGUUCUCUUCCCGAGGUCCAAGCAUCGACAUCCCCGGCGUGCUCAAACCGGACGUAUUGGCGCCGGGGCUCAACAUCCUUGCCGCAUGGCCGCCGGGAACGGACUCUGUACUAGGCCCUUUCAACAUCUUGUCCGGCACAUCGAUGGCAACACCACACAUCAGUGGCGUCGCCGCGCUUAUCAAGAGCUUGCAUCCAGAUUGGUCCCCGGCGGCCGUCAAGUCGGCCAUCUUGACGACGGCGGACGCUGUUAACAGCACUGGCGGCUCGAUCUUGGACGAGAAUCACAGGAAAGCCGACGCGUAUGCGAAAGGCGCGGGGCAUGUGAAUCCGGCGAGGGCCGCCGACCCUGGCCUGGUGUAUGACAUGGGUGCCACCGACUAUGCUGGUUACAUCUGCUGGCUCCUCGGCGACGAAGGCCUGGCAACCUUCGUGCGCGACAAGAGAACGACUUGCGCGAAGCUCCCCAAGGUCAAAGACGUGCAACUCAACUACCCGACCAUAACUGUGCCAUUGAAGUCAACAACCUUCAGCGUGAACCGGACAGUGACGAAUGUAGGGCCGCCAGCAUCGACGUACACCGUGAGGUUGGACAUGCCCAAAUCGGUCAUGGUACAUGUUGCCCCGAACAAACUGGUGUUCUCCAAGGCUGGGGAGAAGAAGACGUUCACCGUGUCGGUGAGUGGCAAGGACGUUCACGGACAAGGACACGUGGAGGGAAGCUUGAGCUGGGUGUCGGCGAAGCAUGUUGUGCGGAGCCCGAUCAUCGCCGUUCCUAAUCUCCCCGAAUCUCCGCCGCCUCUACAGAAUGUUUAG